GCUACUCUGAACAGACUAAAACAGCUUUGCUCUAGAUUUCCCGCAGAGGUUCUGGGUUAGCUGUUUCUGCUGGUGGUGCCGGGGGCUGGGAGCACGUCUACGCUCUCCCGCAUCAGGCAGUGUGUCGGGCAUCCACGAUGGGUGAGGUCCUUCAGCGACCUCCCGGCGACGCUGACAGGAGCGUUCCAGCACCAAGAUGGCGGCAGCCACCGAGCUAACGGCCCUGGGGCGUUGCUGGUUCUGGUUGCUAGUGGGGCUGCAGGCGGUAAGUGUAUAUGGAGCACAGUUGUCAUCAGAAGCUUGCAGAGAGCUGGGCUUCUCCAGUAACUUGCUAUGCAGUUCUUGCAACCUUCUUGGACAGUUCAAUCUGAAUCAGUUGGAUCCGUUCUGCAGGCAGUGCUGCCAAGAAGAAGCUCAGUUGGAAACUAGAAAGCUUUAUGCAGGAGCUGUCCUAGAGGUAUGUGGAUGAAAAUUGGGAAGGUUCCCUCAAGUCCAGGCUUUUGUCAGGAGUGAUAAGCCAAAACUCUUCAGAGGACUGCAAAUCAAGUAUGUGCGUGGUUCUGACCCUGUACUAAAGCUGCUGGAUGACAGUGGGAACAUUGCAGAAGAACUGAGCAUCCUCAAGUGGAAUACAGAUAGUGUGGAAGAAUUUCUAAGUGAAAAAUUAGAACGUCUAUAAAUCAUUGCUUUCAGUCCUCUUUCCUUUUCAUGUUUUGUCAUGGUAAUCUUCUCAGAUGCAGUGUGCUACAAUUGAAAAAACAUUCCAGCUUCUAUAUUAAUUUUAAAAUAUCCGUUGUGCUGUACUAAACAUCUUGUAAUUAGAAGGGGAAUCUUCAGCACGCAUAUCUGACAAGUUGACAAACAGAAUAGCUUGUCUUAAUAUAUUCCAGCUUUUAAUGCAUUUACCACUAACAAAAUGCUUUGUUUCAAAGUUAAUUAUGCAAAUAUCAGUUUGUUAUAAUUGGACCUGUUUUUACAAAUGCUCUUAAAACUGAAGAGCUUCAAAUAAUUGAAAUGAUUACCAUGCUUUUUGUCUGCUGCUGUGUGUAAGAAAGUCAGAACCAAACGCAAUGUACUAUCUCCCAAAGAAACUUGACUGCUAAUGCCCUCUUCUUUUUCGUAUUUGAACUGUCCUUUUUAUAGAAGCAUUGUUUACAGUGAGUAUCUAGUUCAAAGGUUUUGCAGCUGAUGGAGGAACUCAUGCUCUGGUACUGUGAAACAUUUAGUAAGUACACUUUAGUGAAGACUACAUAGAAAACCUCUGAGGUGUAUGGAAGUCAGAUGUCAGGUGUGCUUUACGUUAAGUGUUUUGCUUCAGAAAACAUGAGAUCUAAGUCUUGAAACAGCUUUCCUUCUAACUUUCACAAGUUUAUUGGAAGUCUGUUUAUCAAAUGAAUUUAUAAACUCUUUUAAAAUGUGUAUUUUUCUUUCUCAGUUGAAAUUUAUGUGAACAGGGAAUAUAGACAGUAUGUAUGGUAAUGAGUCAAAUCCAUUAUGACUUGUCAGGUUUUUUCCACUUAGAGUGAAUAAAUAUGUUAAGCAAGAAUAAUGUGGGGUUUUUUUUCCUGAAGUCUAAUUAGCAAAUAAGUCUUCCCUUUAACUACUUUAUGCACACCAGUUUUUGG